AUCCGCCGAGGGCUCCGGUUGUGUUGCCCCGCCCGUUUUACACAGCCAAACCCAAUUCGCGAGAGAGACAGUUGAUUCGUAAACGUAUCCGCGCGGAGUCACUCCUCGUACAGUUGCAGUUGGACUGUCUCGGUUUUGGUCGCUCUCAGGUUAAUUGUGCUCGCGGUUCCAAACGGCGGUUCUUCUUCCGUUCGCGACGCGGUUUUCCUCCCCUAUAGUUUUUUCGGUGUAUAAUGGACACUACGAUGGACAGUGAUCAUAGUAGCCACGCGUCAUCUACUUCACCAGCCGUUGCCAUCAAACCACCAACAUCACCAGUUAUAAACAACAAUAACAACAUCUCUUCCAACAACCACAAUAACCAAGUGCACUCACCCAGACAAGCGUCCCCGUUAGGACCUCCGAUGUCCAUGGCUCACCCAUUGAGUCCACCACCCGUUUCAACCGCCGGUUUAGUAAGAACCAUGGGUUUGAGCCAUUUACAUCCCCCAGGACUUGGACUUCUCAACACCUUAGGUGUGCUCCACAGCCCUUUAGACCUAAUGGCCCACCAUGCUCCCCCCAGGUCUUAUAAUAGCCCACCGCCAAUUUCCACGUCGGAUCCAACAGCAAACGAGUGUAAACUGGUUGAUUAUCGUGGCCAGAAGGUCGCGGCCUUCAUUAUCGCCGGCGAUACUAUGCUGUGUUUGCCGCAGGCUUUCGAACUCUUUUUGAAACACCUCGUCGGUGGAUUGCACACCGUUUACACCAAGUUGAAACGGCUUGAUAUUGUUCCUUUGGUGUGUAACGUUGAACAAGUCCGAAUUUUGAGAGGACUCGGCGCAAUACAACCCGGUGUCAACAGAUGCAAAUUGCUUAGUUGUAAAGACUUCGAUACGUUGUACAAGGAUUGUACGACUGCCAGUAAUUCUCUACCAUUUCGCAGUUCCAGGCCCGGAAGACCACCCAAAAGAGCUCCAGUCGGAUUGAGUUUGGCCGCUUCACAUCUCCAACAUCAACAGCUGAAGAAACAACGUAUGGACAAUGGGGAUUAUCCAUAUGAAAAUGGUCACAUGGGGGAUAUUUCGAGGAUGGAAAAAAGUCCGUUGCUGGCAAAUGGAUAUAACCAUCCUCCUCAUCUGGGUCACAUGCAAUUUAUGCAACUCCCGCAUCCGGCCGCAGCGGCGCACUCCGCGCUGCUAUCGCCAGCGAUGCCCCAUAAUCUAGGAAGACCCGAUGGGUCUGUUAUUAAGAAUCAAGGUAUGCCAUCGAUGGAAGCGAUUGCGAGGUCAGGAAUUUGGGAAAAUUGCCGAGCAGCAUAUGAAGAUAUAGUAAAACAUUUAGAAAGGCUAAGGGAAGAAAGGGGCGAUCCAGAUAGACCCUUGCCGCUCGACCAAAAGGUUCGUGACCUCAGCCCGAGAAACGGAUCCCCAACGGAAGAUCACAGCCCUGUUUUAAACUUAUCGAAAAGCGGUGGUGGCAGCGCCGGUUCUAUGGGUGAUGCUGACCAUUCUGGAAGUGAAGCUGAUGGUCCAGAUGCACCACCGACGCCUCGAUCGCCUAGAUCCGCAGCAGACGACGAUGAGGACGAUAAUAUUUCAGAACCAGAAGAUGAUGACGAGAAAGAUCAAGAUAUGGAUGAAGGUGAUUUACCACUUCCAGUAGUCCCCGGAAAUGAUUCUCAACAAGCAGCCAUCAACUAUUCAACGUUAGCAUCUGCAGUGGCGUCGGCAAAUGGGCAAAAUCAUCAUCAAGAUCCGAGUAUUUCAUCGACAGAGACGCUUUUAAGAAAUAUUCAAGGUUUGCUGAAAGUGGCAGCGGACAAUGCGCGCCAACAGGAGAGGCAGAUAAACUACGAAAAAGCGGAACUCAAGAUGGACGUACUCAGAGAACGCGAGGUAAAGGACAACCUCGAACGACAACUGAUCGACGAACAAAAAUUAAGAGCCUUGGUUCAAAAACGUUUACGAAGAGAACGUCGAGCAAGGAGACGUCUUCAUGAACAGUUAGAGACGGAGGUUAAAAGAAGAUUGCAGUUAGAAGAAGCUUUGAAAGCUGCCGGAGCUGCGGAUCAAGUCCGACUUAUAAACGAAAACUUUGCACAGAACGAACAGCAACGCCAGAAUAACCAAAAGAACAACAACAAUUCGCCUUCGGUUCAAAGUUCGCUAACGGAACAACAACGACCCGAAAGACCCGAACGUCCUGAACGUCAAGAAAGAGUCGAAACUCCACCCACGAAUUACUCACAAAGUAUGCGAGAACAACAGUUAUCUCAAGACACAAAACCAUGGGGUUAUUCGGGAAUUGACCUUAUUAAUUCUGGGGCUGCUUUUUGGCAAAAUUACUCAGAAACUUUGGCUCAAGAAUUAGAAUUAGAAAGGAAAUCGAGGCAACAACAAGUUGAAGCACAAGACAUAAAGCCACAAAUACAAGAUCGUCAAAACUAUUAUAAAAACUCUGUUCUUUUUACGAGCAGUGCCACAUAAAAAGUGUAUGUGCGUAUGUGUGAUUAAAACGCGUCGAGUUUUUUUAAGUAAUCUAGUUAUUCACAUGAUUUAAAAUAGCGAUUAAAGCGUUUUAGAUAAUGAUUAGAACUCGUAAUUAUAAGUAUAAAAUAUCGUAACCAAUGCUAACGUAAUGUAUUAAGUGUUACUUUUAAAGACAUAUUGAAUAAGAAAAGUACUUGUAAGUGAAUAAAAAAGAUCUUAUAGCAUAUCAAUUUAAGGGAGUUCUUUUUCGUACUGUAAAUAGAUUAUUAAGUAUUGAUUACUAUUACUGUUUAGUAAGACUGAACUAUUGGGCAUAUACAACAAUUUUUGUUUUGUACGAAGAUGUUUUUUGUAUUAGUUUUCGUUUCGAUAAGUAAAAUAAAAUUGUAUAUACGCGAGGCUUUAACAAGAUUUUAGAACUAUAUGAGUUAAAAUUGCGAUACGAUUAAAUAAGAAACUCUCAUCUUAUACAAAAUAUCAAAGUAAACAACAAAAAAUGUGUUCUUUUUUUCGCUCUUAUACCUACAGCAAAAGUAAUUGUAUAAUACAUAAUUAAUUAAUUAAUCCUUUUAUAAAAUAAAUUAGUUAGUAAGCGAGUAGUGUUAUUAUUAUUGCAUAUUGUAUUCUGUAAGUAACUGAUAGUUAGAUCAUUUCAAAUGAAGUGUAAAGUUCUGACAAUUUGUAUACGCCAUUUUCGACAAUCAUUGUCAGAAUUGCUUUUUAUGCGAAAUAACGUAACGGUUUUUCAUUUUCGUGCAAUAUAAUCCCACUUGUACUAAGCUUUCCGAAAAGUUUUAAAUUGUUCAGCAAAAGCGAUUGUAGUGUUUUCAUGGGACGAGUCGAAAAGUAUUUUCGGCACGGCGAGUAUGUAUUUAUUGUAAAUAUUUAUAUGUUUGCGUGUGUAUCUGUGUGAGUGUGCCUUUUAGUGAAAAAUAAAAGUCCUUAAUAAACGAGA